UAUCCGUAAUAACGUAACCACUCAACUCAGUGUAUAUACUGCAUUAUAUUAUAUCGUAUCUUAUAUCGUAACUUAAAUAUGCAACUCUGUUAUAGACAUAAGCGGACACAAUGUAAAGAUAAAAGGGAGAAUAAAGAAAAAGAAUUAUUCGAAAAGCAACCACGAAGUCAUCUGCUUGUGUAUUAUCUGCUACAGAUUUUCAGAAGUAAGCUCGGAUCUACGCUUGAGUAACAACAGUUUUUUUUUACACGUCAACGCAAAUUCAGUAAUUUUUUUUACGACGCCUACAUAUUUUUGUCGACAUGGAGAGCAUUGAUGCAAAUCAAUACACAUCCAAACAACUGCGCGAGUGGCUGAAACAAUUAGGCUUGCCAACGCAUGGCAACAAAGGCACCCUUGCGCUAAGACUUAGCGAAGUUCCGGCAAGUAUUCGUGGCGAUUGCCCAGGUGAUGGUGACGACGAAAUUGAGCAGGUGUGCCUUGAGGAGCCAGAGCUUCCAGAAGAUCAUCUUGAUUUGAAGGCGCAAAACGAAUCGCUAUUGGAAGAGAUUUGGCAGCUUAAGCAAACAAUAUUGGAAUUGCACUCCAAUCGCGCAAAUAGCGGCAUAACUGCAAAUAAUAGCAUCACCCCAAAUAACGGCGGCGAUACCAACAAAAAAAGCCAUGAAAAUAGCGACGCAGCGAGUAGCGGUAAUGAACGGGCCUGCAACGAAGCAGGCGAUAGGGCAGAGAACAACGCUAGCAAUGCAGUUGGCUACAGCGUAGCAAACAGCGACAGAGCAGCAAACGACGAUAAGGCGGCCGAUGGUGUGACGGUUGAAAUCGAAACAAACGCCCGCAAUGAAGUGAAUGCGUCGAUGAGCAGCACACUUGUCAACUCAGCAAAUAACGUAGAGACCGGCAACAAGGCAAGUGGUGGAAGUACGGCGAACAGUGGUGGCGAACUUAAUUCCGACGUAGGCAUACUACCUUUCGACAUAAUAAAAGACAUGCUUCCAGAAUACGAUGGAGGCACUAACAUCAACACAUGGAUCCAACAGUUCAAUAGCGUUGGCAGCGUUUACAAUUUAAGCGAAAAUACACUUCGCGCAUUGAUGGCAAAUAGGCUGAGAGGUAAGGCGCAGGCCUGGUUACAUUCGAAGCCAACAUUUUUAGUUGAACAUGUUGAGGUGUUAGUCAGUGAAAUGCGAAGCUUGUUCUUACCGCAGCGGAAUAAAUUGCUACUCCGUAAGAAGUUCGAGACCCGCAAAUGGCAAGCAGGAGAGGACUUUUAUACAUACUACAACGAUAAAAUAGCAUCGGCUUGUGGACUCAAUAUCGAAGAAAGUGAAUUAAUCGAUCACGUCAUAGAAGGAAUUCCAGACGAGCACCUACGGACGCAAGCGUACAUUCAGUGUUUUAGCAACAAAGAACAACUUUUGCAGGCGUUUGGCAGAGUGGAGUUGAAGUCGAGUACGUCGAAAGCCGCUGGUAUUAGGUGCUACAAUUGCAACUCAGUAGGACAUAUGGCUACGGAGUGCAAAAAACCAAAGCGGGAGAGAGGUGCUUGCUACAGCUGCGGAAGCAAGGAACACAAGGUCGCAGCUUGUCCGAAGAGGAAGACGGUGAUCCACGCAGUUGAAGAAAACCAAUACAAUGCCUAUUAGACUCCGGAAGCCCGAUUAGUUUUGUCAAACGAUCCUUACUACCAAAUACUAUCGCAAUUCGUGAAUUUUCUUCUGUUUCUU